GUUGAUUUUAUUGGCCUGUUGUUCAUACUACGAUUCCAUCUUCACUGCUGCAUGUCGUGGUUGUCAUCAGGACACAUUGAGCAUGAUCCCUCUACCUGCUUCUCGGAAAUCAUCUUAUAAUCUCUUGCCUCGCCGUCCAUCACGUCUCGAAUCAAAUUAUUCACGCCAUCGGGAACCGACAGAUGGUACAGUCACUGGCGGCGGCGGUCAGGAUGAUAUAGACGAGGAUGAGGAUGAAGAUGGGAGUUUAGAUUUUGAAGAGCGUCUAGGGCUAGAAGAAGAGAUAGAUGGAGGUGUAGGAGGGGAUAGAGGAUUGGAGAACACGUUGGAACAGCUGGGUUUCGGCGCGUAUCACUGGAGAUUACUUGCACUCUGUGGGACAGGCUGGAUGUCCGAUAACUCUUCCCUUCAAUGUAUAGCGGUCAUUCUGCCUCGCGUCCAAAUCAACUUUGACCUCAGCUCCAAGGUCGUCGGGCUCUUAUCCGCCUCUACCAUGGCAGGGAUGAUGCUUGGCGCCGUUGGCUGGGGAACUGUUUCUGAUCUCCUUGGUCGUGCACUCCCAUUCAACAGUACUUUAUUCCUUACGGCUGUAUUCGGGAUCUGUGCGAGUUUCGCACCGAAUUUCCCAAUCCUCUGUCUCUGGAUGUUCCUCUUAGGGACGGCCGUAGGCGGCUCAAUGCCUACGGACGGGACAUUGUUCCUUGAAAACCUCCCUCAUUCCAAACAAUACCUCUUGACGCUACUGUCCAUCUUUUUCUCCCUCGGUGCCGUUCUCUCCUCCGUCAUUUCACUUGUGUUCCUUCCCGGGGCCAGUUGCUCUCAAUUCGAAGGAUGCGAUAUCGCUGGAAAAGCCAACGACGGGUGGCGAAGGGUAUUGUUGGUCCUUGGCUGCUUUAAUAUGGUCUGCGCGCUGUGUCGAUGGUUUCUGUUCAGACUACAUGAAUCCCCCCGCUAUCUCGUCUCUAACGGUCGACCCGACGAAGCCAUCGUCGUCCUCCGUGCCAUCGCAUCAUAUAAUGACAAUGAGAUGAACAUCCAGUCAGCCGAUGUCGAAGCGACUGAAGAUCACGGCGAGAAUAAACCUCUGGACGUGGAGAGCAAUGACAAGAAACAUUCCGAAAUGACAACAACACCCAUCUCUGGACACGCAUACCUCGAUGGCGAACGAUCACCAGUUCUCAGAGCGAGCGAGCUCAAUGACGGUCCCAUCACUCGACCUAGUUCUGAGAAUUCCUCUCGCCCUCCUUCUCGAAAUUACGAUGCGAUGGGUCAUGGUCUUCCUCCCAAACCUCUUCGUCAUCCUAUUCGGACCGGUUCUGCAUUCUACGCCGACACAUCACUCACAUUGGAAGAGAACGAGAAUGCUUUCGACCACUCGUUUGGCGAUGCCAUGCAGGGUCAGGACGACUCAUCGCCCAGAGCGUAUCUGUCCCGGAAGGCCAGUACGAAGACGCUGGCCAGUGUGAAAAGUGCAAAGUUGCAGGACGCUCUCGAAUGGACCGGUCAGAUGAAGCGACAGAUUAGGAGAUUGUUCGUACCUAAAUGGAGGAGAACAGUGAUUCUUAUGUGGAUCAUCUGGGCCGCCAUGUCCUUCUCGUACACCAUGUUUAACGUUUGGCUUCCUGCUGUAUUGGAGAGUCGAGCAUCUGGCGAAGGCGACGAGGCGAUCCGGUCGGCCUUGAGCGAGUUUGUCCUGUAUUCGAUUGCUGGAUGCCCUGGAUCGAUGCUUGGCGCAUGGAUGAUUCAGACAAAGCUGGGUCGUCGAAGAUCAUUAGCCAUUUGGACAGCUGCAACGGGUCUGUCGACAUUUGCUUUCAUCCGUGUGAGGGAACAGUACGCCAUGGUCGUCAGCUCCAUGAUCAUUUCCAUGGCCGCUACAGCGAUGUACGCGGUGUUGUACGGUAUGACACCCGAGACUUUUGGGACUUCGAUCCGUGGGACAGCCUGUGGAACGUCCGCUGCUCUCAGUCGACUUGCUGGAGUCGUGGCACCUGUCUUUGCUGGGUUCCUCCUGACGGUAUCUCCUUCCCUUCCCCUCUUCGUGUCCGCCGCUAUAUUCGUCCUCACUGCCGUAUGUGCCCUUUUGCUUCCUUUUGAAAGGGCAGAUGGAACUGGAAAAGGCGGAGCUGUCAUGGCUCACUAAUAAAUAAUGUAUCUAUCAUCUGAUGAUCCCCAUCAUGACAUUAAUGCAUCUUACGAUA